AUCUCUGAUGAAUACGCCAUUCUUUUCCUUCAAGGUGGGGCAACCACCUGAGCCGCCAUUGGCCUCUGUAACUGUUAUUUCUGCAGUUUGUGUGUUUCUCUGUAAGGUAUCGGUUGUUCCCUCUGCCGCCGCACUUGUCAUCAAGGCAUUGAAGGAGCCGGAACGUGACAAGAAGAAGACUAAGAACAUCAAGCAUAACGGUAACAUCUCACUUGAUGUCGUCAUUGAAAUUGCUAAGGUGAUGCAGCCUAGAUCUACGGCGAAGGAUUUGAGUGAAACCGUUAAGGAGAUCUUGGGAACUUGUGUAUUUGUUGGUUGUACGGUAGAUGGAAAGGAUCCUAAUGAUUUGCAGCAAGAGAUUAUUGAUGGAGAUGAGGAGAUUCCUCAGGAUCGAUUGCUGAUUGAUGGGAUAAGAGUGAAUUAUGAACUGAUUAUUCCAUUGAUGGAGGUAUCCAGUUUACGAUGA